GUGUAAACAGACGCGAGUCAGUCGUGACCGUGACUGUCAGUGAUGAAGCAGUGUUUCCUUGUACCAAAUUAAUGUUUCCCUCACUUCCACAGGGAUGCAUCACUUAAGCGGCCUUCGACAGGUUUAGUCGAUCAAACUGCAUUAAGAAAUCCAGCAGAAACUGAAACUAGUGACUCGGCUGCAGGAGCGAGAGCCGCGGAGAAGCGCUAUGCCGCGGUGGAAGAGAAAUGCCGGCAGUAGCUCUGAAGGUACAGAGGAUUCAGACUUCUCCGCUGAGCACACAGACAGCUCAGAGAGUGACGCCCAUGCGGUGAGAAACACCCGCCUCACUCGCUCCUCAUUGCGCCUCAGCCGCAACUCGCAAGAUUCCAGUCCUGUGGGGAACGCGUCUGCCUCAGUUUCAGAGGAGGUGGUGAACUAUUCCACCCGUCGCGUGACUCGUAGUCAACAGCAGGGGGUGUCAGUCUUGCCCAAGAAAUACCCCUUGCGGCAGAGUCGUUCUUCUGGCUCAGACACGGAGCAGCAUGGGGAAAUCUCAGAGAGGGACAUUAAGGAAAGUGCAGACCAUGAUGAGUCCCCACCCAGGACGCCCACAGGCAACGCUCCUUCCUCUGAGUCUGACAUCGACAUGUCCAGCCCAAACGUGUCUCAUGAUGAGAGUCUGGCAAAGGAGCUGUCUCUGAAAGAAUCCGGCCUUGCUCACCGGCCCAAGCGACGACGCUUUCAUGAGAGCUACAACUUUAACAUGAAGUGCCCCACACCUGGUUGUAAUUCACUUGGACAUUUGACAGGGAAACAUGAAAGGCAUUUUUCAAUAUCUGGAUGUCCACUGUACCAUAACCUUUCAGCAGAUGAGUGUAAGGUGAAGGCAAGCUCUCGAGACAAACACGUGGAGGAGAGGACGCUGUCCCAGCGGCAGGAUGAGAAUCGCCAUUCUGCUCGGCAACAGGCCCAAACAGAGCGACAGCUGCGGUAUAAAGAAAAGGUGACAGAGAUGAGGAGGAAGAGAAACUCCGUUCCUCUUAAAGAGCAAAAAGACAAGUAUACAGAGCACAGACAGACCCAUGGCAGCAGUCGUGAGCCUCUCCUGGAGAACAUCACAAGUGACUAUGACUUGGAGCUAUUCAGAAAAGCCCAGGCACGUGCCUUGGAUGAUCUUGAAAAACUUCGGCUGCAGGGACAGGUCACGGAGGGCGGCAACAUGAUAAAGACCAUUGUGUUUGGCCGCUAUGAGUUGGACACCUGGUACCACUCGCCGUACCCCGAAGAGUACGCCCGCCUCGGCCGCCUCUACAUGUGCGAGUUCUGCCUCAAAUACAUGAAGAGUCAGACCAUUCUGCGACGUCACAUGGCCAAAUGUGUGUGGAAACAUCCACCAGGUGAUGAGAUUUACAGGAAAGGGGCUAUAUCUGUUUUUGAAGUGGACGGCAAGAAGAACAAGAUUUAUUGUCAAAACUUGUGCCUCCUUGCCAAACUCUUCCUGGACCACAAAACUUUGUACUACGAUGUGGAGCCGUUCCUCUUCUAUGUGAUGACUGAAGCGGACAAUACCGGCUGCCAUCUUGUAGGAUACUUCUCCAAGGAAAAGAAUUCAUUCCUGAACUACAAUGUCUCCUGCAUCCUGACCAUGCCACAGUAUAUGAGGCAGGGUUAUGGCAAGAUGCUGAUUGAUUUCAGUUAUUUGCUGUCCAAAGUAGAGGAGAAGGUUGGCUCCCCUGAACGGCCUCUCUCUGACCUGGGACUCAUCAGUUACAGGAGUUACUGGAAAGAAGUGCUCCUGCGCUACCUGCACAACUUCCAGGGCAAAGAGAUCUCCAUUAAAGAAAUCAGCCAAGAAACAGCUGUCAACCCUGUAGACAUUGUCAGCACUUUACAGUCACUCCAGAUGCUGAAGUACUGGAAAGGGAAGCAUCUGAUCCUAAAAAGACAGGAUCUGAUUGAUGAUUGGAAAACCAAAGAGGCAAAACGUGGAAGCAACAAGACUAUUGACUCUACGGCCUUGAAGUGGAGCCCACCCAAAGGAACCUAAGACAAUAAUCUGCAUGCUCUUCACAGUUUGCUGUAGUUUAACUGGUUUUGGUCACUAUUAGAAUAGCUCAAUACAGAGGAAGGUGUUCUCUUUCAUAGUUUCACUCAACGCUGCAUAGCUAUGACGCAAUGGGAAUGCCCCUUGGGUGUGCCGAUUGUCUGAAGCCCGAAUGGAAUCAUGCCAAUGGCAUGGGCUCCACCUCAACGCCACUACGUCACCCACUCUAACACUGAGACCACGCCAUCCGCUCCUCAGAUUUUCUUCCUUCAGAAGCGGUUGUUUAGCCCUUCAGAAGCGAUUUAUCUGGCUCAUGUUUCGGUUUAUUUCUUUGAGUUUCUCUUUUGCACUUCAGCGAAUGCAUUCAGUGAAACCUCGUUUCUCCUCGCGGUGAAGUGCUAAGGAGUUUCGUCGCUGCCAGCCGCC